AUGCCAUCAACUGGUAGCUGUGGUAGUAGUGGUGGUCUUCUUACUAUCUGGAAUAGGAGCAAGUUGUUGAAAGAAGGUGGAAGAAUGGGUAAGAACACAAUUUCUACUCUUUUUACUCAAAAGAUUAAUGGUUUUAAAUGGGUUGUUUGCAACAUGUAUUCACCUUGUGAAUAUAAUGUGAGGGCUUUGUUUUGGUCUGACUUAGAGGAGGUUAGGCACUGGUGGAAUGGACCCAUUUGUUUGGCAAGAGAUGUUAAUGCAGUCAGAUAUGAUGAGGAGAGAAAUAUAGAAGAAUGUGAUAGCAGGAAUAAGGAUUUUCUUAACAAUUUCAUAAAUAGCCAGGAAUUGGUAGAUCUGAAAUUGUUGGGUUUAGCCUAUACUUGGUUUGAUAGAUUUUUGCUUAGUGUGGAGAUGAAUUUGAGGUUUCCAGAAGUUAUUCAGGUGGCUCUAACAAGGGUAACUUCAGAUCAUAAGCCUAUCAUGCUGGCCACAAAACCAAAUAUAAUAUGUAAGCCUUACUUUAAGUUUGAAAAUAGCUGGAUUUUGCAUAGGGAUUUUUUGAAGAAGGUAGAGAAAUGGUGGGGAAUAAUGAAGCAUCAAGGUAUUCCUAGUUUUGUUUUCUUUAAGAAACAACAUAAUUUUAAUUAUUUCUUGAAGAACUGGAGUACAGAGGAAUUUGGUGGUGUUAAGAAGGAGAAGGCAGAGUUGACAGAAAAUAUUGAUUGCCUAGAUCAGAUUGAAAAUUCCCAUGUUUUGUUUCAGGACCAGUUUGAAGAGAGAUUGAAUUAA